AUGUCUGAUUUUAAUUCUCAAUACAACACGAACUCGACACUUUGGGGGAUUUUAGAAAAUGAACAACCACAAUAUUAUGAAACAAGUAUAUCUGAUAAUUCUCAAUCUUUUUACUUUGAAGAGGAUAAUGAAACUUCACCCGUAGAUCAGAUCAAUGAAAAUCAAAAACGUUCAAAUCCAUAUAUGCAUUCGGGAGGCUUUGAUGAUCACGAAAGGGCUGUUAAAAUGGCUAAGCUUGAUGAAUCAGAAUUAUCAACAUACGGUGGAUCAGAAUUAUUAAAUUAUAGAGAUCCAAAUUUAUCUUCGUGUGAAUCGGAUUUAUCAUUAUAUGGUGAUCAAGGUUUGUCAUCAUAUAGUGAUCAGGGAUUGUUUACGUAUGGCGGUCAAAAUUUUUUGUCAUCAUAUGAAGAGCCAGGGUUGCCUAGCUUUGAUUAUCUUUUUGCGCCUUUCACAUCUUUGUAUAAACAAGAUGAUAUUGACGGUCAACUACCUUUACAAGAUAAUAUUAGACCAUAUAUUAUUGAUGAACAACUACCUUCGCAAGAAAUUGAUGAACAACUACCUUUACAAGAGAUUAAGCCGUGUAAUAUUGUUGAACAACCAUCUUUACAAAUGGUCGAACAGUAUGAAAUUAAUAAGCAACCAUCCUUACAAGUAGCUAAACAAUACGUGGUUGAAGAGCAAGCGACUACUUUACAAGAUAAUCAGUAUGAAGCAAAAGAACAAGCUUCUUUACAAGAUAAUCAGUAUGAAGCAAAAGAACAAGCUUCUUUACAAGAUAUUAAACCGCAUGAAGUUGAAGAUCAACCAUCUUUAAAUAUGAUUAAACAGUAUGAUAUUAGUGAUCAAUCUCCAUUACGAGAGGUUAAAGGGUUUGAAUUAAAUGACAAAUCACCUUUACAAGAAAUUUCUCAAUACGAUGUUAAUGGUCAAUUAUCUUUACAAGAUAUUAAAUUAUACGAUGUUAAUGAUCAAUUAUCUUUACAAGGAGCUAAGCAACAUGAAAUUGAUGAACAAUCGUCUUUACAAGAUAUUAAACCGUAUGUGAUUGAAGAAAAAUCAUCAUCUCAAGAUAUUAAACCGUAUUCCUUACAAAAUCUUAAAUGUGAAGUUGUUGAACAAUCUUUACAAGAUAUUAAACCGUCUCUGCAAGAUAUUAAGCCUUUAAUUUCAUCUUUAAAUUUAUCUCAACAUUCUUUAUUUAGUCCCAAUCGUACCCCUUUAUUUUCCACUGUUAAUAAUCCCAUAUUUCCCGCUGUUAAUACAAUUCAAAAUCCAAAUAACAUUUUAUCUCAAAACAAUAUUACUCCUUUACCAUCCAAUGUUAAUAGCAAUUUAUUAUUCAAUUUAAACAAUUCUCCUUUACCUAAUGAAACCAAACCAAAUAUAUUCGAAAACAGACCAGGAACUUAUUCAAAAUCUAUAAAUAUUCAAGAUCUUUUGGAGAUGAUACCUCUGGAUGAAUCUAAUAAGACUCCUGUUUCUGAAGCAAUGCGUAAAAUAAAUGCUCGUAAAGGAAUUGUUCCUGGUUUAUCCAUACAAUUAAUGAAUCAUCAAGUAAUCGGUGUUUCUUGGAUGGUGGAUCAAGAAAUAAAAGAUAAAGUUAGAGGUGUUGCUCCAACAGCUCUUAUUUAUCAAUGGAAAAGCGAAAUUUUAAGUAAAACUGACCAAGGUCUAUUUGAAGUAUAUGUAUAUCAUGGUCAGAAUAAAGCGAGUUAUCAUAAUUUAAAAAAAUAUGACAUUGUAAUUACAACCUACCAAACUCUCCUUCGUGAAUGUCCCGAAACUGAUGAUGGUGAUAAGGGUUCUUUGUUUAGAAUGAAUUGGUAUAGAGUGGUUUUGGACGAGGCUCAAAAUAUUAAAAAUCGUAACUCACGUGCGAGUAAGGCAUGCGCUUUGUUAAUGAGCAAUUAUCGAUGGUGUUUAACUGGAACUCCAAUUCAAAAUCACAUCGAUGAUCUUUAUCCUUAUUUCCGCUUUCUCGAUAUUUCAAAUUUUUCGGAGUGGCAACUGUUUCAUGAACAAUUUAGCUCUGCAUCACCAAGAGCUAUUCAAAGAGCGCAAACUGUUCUUCGUGGAUUCCUUCUGCGUAGGACCAAAGAUUCUAAAUUGGACGGAAAACCACUGUUGAUUCUUCCCGAAAAAACUGUGUCUUUUGUUAAACAAGAUUUUUCACGAGAUGAAAGAGAAUUUUAUGACGCUCUCGAAAAACGAUCAAGGAUAGAGUUUAAUCGCUAUCUAAAAGAAGGCUCCGUUUUGAAGAAUUAUGCGUAUAUUCUUGUGAUGUUGUUGCGUUUACGUCAGGCAUGCAAUCAUCCAUUUUUGACACAAGAAGAUAUCGGGCACGUUAUUACAUCGGCUGAUGACUCUAGAAUGUCACAUAGUUCAUCUUCAAAUUCUUAUUCCCAUGAGAAAGAUAUACCUAGUCAACUUGAACGAGCUAAAAAACUUUUUUCUGAUAAAGUUAUUACUCGACUGUUUGAAAAAUAUAAAGAUAGUAAUCCUAACGAUGAUUGUCCAAUUUGUUACGAUAUCUUAGAAGUGUUUAUUCCACCUGUAAAAAAUGAACUACAUGAUGAUGACGACGACGUUGAACUUCCUACACUGGACGAAGUCAUUUCAAGUUCUUUUAGUGGAUCCGAUGAUAUCUUAUUCUCUUCUAAAAAAGAUGAUUCCGAAAAAAACGUUGAUCUUGCUAAUAUUAGUGGAACCAACAAUAAAUUUGCUAACGCACCUGUAGGUUUAUUCUUGUCUUCUACGAAAAUUGAUCAAUUAAUGAAAGAAUUAGCUCUUGCGCAACAAGAAGACCCUGGAUGUAAAACGAUUGUUUUCUCACAAUGGACUUCAAUGCUGGAUUUAGUCGAAAAACCUAUUAGAGACGUCGGAUACAAAUUUUGCAGGUAUGACGGUACUAUGGAUGUUAAGGAACGUGAUAAUUCUUUACAAAAAUUGAUACAAGAUGCUGAAGUUACUAUUAUGCUUGUUUCUUUGAAAGCUGGUGGUGUUGGUUUAAAUCUCACCAAAGCGAAUAGGGUUAUUAUGCUUGAUUGUUGGUGGAAUCCAGAUCAAGCGGUCGAUCGAGUUCAUCGUAUUGGACAAUUUAAGAAAGUUAUUAUAAAGCGACUGACUAUAAAGGACUCCAUUGAAGAUCGUAUUUUAGUUCUUCAGGAUAAAAAGCGAGAGUUAGCUGCAGGCGCUUUAGGAGAAGGAAGCAUUAAAGUCGGAAGAUUGACAGUAGAGGAUUUAAUAUUUCUUUUCCGUUAG